UUUAUCUGCCACGAAAUGGUUUUACUCGACAAUUCGAACUUCAUACUGCUGCUGGAGAAGAUUGCGAAUGAGGCGAAAAAGGAUGCCUCAUUUACGAUAACAUUCAAGCGCUACGAUGGAAACGAUAAACCCGUACCCCGAGCAGGUAGAAAGCCGCUGCCAAAGCCGAAAACCAAUAUGUGCCUAAUGCGUGCCAAAUGCAAAUCGAAGAAGAUUUCCACAGUUGUUAGCCAGGAAAAUGUGCCCACAAUGAUGGCGAUGUAUUCCCAGUUCAUGAAGAGCAAAAUGGAUGGCCUGAAGCGUGUAAAGAAAGUGAAGAGCAAGGCCAAGGCGACCAAAGCAUAAGGCAUCAAAUUUAAAAUUAGUUCAAACACUUUUUAGUUGUCCAAUACCAAUGGCGAUUCCUUUUGUAAAUUACAAUGUUAAAGAUA